GUUUAGUUUACGUCAUACACUUCCACGAAAGUUGACGCAUGUUGUGAAUCUUUUGAAAACAAACAUUUUAGGACCUUCUGAAUGAGACAUGCCGUGUUGGUAUUUUGAAAAGAAAGAAUUGCGAAAUACACCUUCAUUCCAAGAUGGCAUUGAUGCUGGCACUGAAGCCAGGUAUCGACGAGAAGGAGCGAGAUUUAUCAUUGAUGCUGGUACCAAAAUGGGACUGCGAUAUGACACAUGUGGGACAGGUGUUGUGUAUUUCCACAGAUUCUACAUGUUUCACUCCUUCAAGGAAUUCCAUAGAUAUAUAACAGCAGCAUGCUGCCUAUUUUUGGCUGGGAAGGUUGAGGAGACCCCAAAGAAAGGCAAAGACAUCAUUAAAAUUUGCCAGUCUAUGUUGUCCCCGCAGGUGUUCAGCGUGUUUGGAGAUGAUCCUAGGGAGGAAGUGAUGACAAUGGAAAGAAUUCUAUUACAAACCAUCAAGUUUGACUUACAAGUUGAACAUCCAUACGGAUAUUUGCUGAAGUUUGCCAAGUUUAUAAAAGGUGAUAAAGAGAAGAUACAGAAACUUGUACAAAUGGCGUGGACCUUUAUCAAUGACAGUCUGUGUACGACCCAGUGCCUACAGUGGGAACCAGAGGUGAUCAGUGUGUCACUGAUGUACCUGGGUACACGUCUCACCAAAUUUGAUAUACAGGAUUGGCAUGGCAAGGUGUCUGGAGCAAAGACGAAGUGGUGGGAGUUCCUAGUGGAGGAUAUUACCGUAGAACUGAUGGAAGAUAUAUGCCACAAGGUCCUUGACCUAUAUUCCAACAAUCCUCAAGGAGGUAGUACAGAUUCCCCUCCAGUUACUCCCAGUAAAAAGUCUGCUGCCAGAGACACCCCGCCUCCACCCCCACCACAAGUUGCCAAACGCAGCCUCCCAACAACUCCUGCUGAUGGACCUCUGGAUGCGAAAGUACCUAAAUCACAACCAGAAAGGCAAAAAAGUAAAGAAUUAAGUUCGAGACGAAGUUCCAACAAGAAAAGCAGCUCGGUGCCUGAUGCUCCAUCCUUGUCUUCCAUGCCUCGAUCUGCUCCUCCCCCCAAUUACAGCUCAGCUCCCCCCGUACAGAGCAAACCAGACUACACACAGUACGGAGCUUACAUGGCAUCUUCAUCCUCACAGUACCCAUCUUCCUUUCUAUCUCAGGAGGGAAGUAAGUCUAUAGAGUCACUGGUGAGUGGGUCAGGCUUCACCUCCACAACAUCGUUCUUACCAACCCAGGCUACUACACCUGCUGUCUCAGUUCCUACGGCAGUGCCACAGUACCCACCCCCCGGGCAGUAUCCUCCUGCCCCCUACCAACCAACUACAUAUGCCCCACCCACAGCUUAUCAGCAGCCUCCGCCGGUCCAGCCACAGUACCAGGCUCCUGGUGGCUACCCUGCUGCUCCACCAGUUCUUGGAGGUCCACCCCCACAACAGACUUUUCCUACGAAUCAACCCCCACCACAAGUGGGUCAAUACCCUCCUGGCUUCCCGCCACCACAGCAGUUUAAUGCUCCACACAUCCAAGGACCAAAUAAUUUUCCACCUCCACCACCACCACGACCUGGUUUUCCUCCUCAGCCACCUGGUGUCGGUGCUCCACCACCAUUUCAAGGUAUGCCUCCAAAUACAGUUAACAGUAUGGGACAGCCACAGGGACCACCAGUGCCCCUCCAAAAUAAUGUACCACUACAUCCAAGUUCAGGACUACCAGUUGUGAGAAUCACAGGUCGAAGGUGAUAUUAUCAAUAGUGUGUUCUGUUUUAAGUGUACAAGUCAGCAAAACUAAUUGGUGAUCAUUUUCAUUGGAGGUGAUUGUUGUUGGGAAUCGGAUGGAUGAAACCAAUAGAAAUAUAUGAGUUUGAAUGUUGUUCUGUUAUAUACAACUUCAAAGAUGUUGCAAAAUCUUGAAUUCACAGAAAAUAAGUAAAUGUUAAUGUGAGAAGCAAUAUCAAGAUAUUGUGUUCUGUGCUAUUUUAAAGGUGGUACACCAUAGGUGCUAAUAUCUUUUGAUCCUGUAAUGUUCAACAUACAGUCUAUACUAUACUGUACAUAUAUGACCUAUGUACAAUCAGGGUAUUACAGGACUGACUUGUUAUUUACAUGUUUAUUCAUGUUUUCAUGCUUCUGCUGCCAAAUGGGACUAUUAACAUUUAAAUUUGAUCUCUUGUUUUCCAUAGUACUCUGCAUCAGAAGUUUUACUUGAGUAUGCAUCCUGUACUAUUUCAAUUACCUGUAAUCAAAUUUGGCACACGUGGCAUCUUAAGGUGACAUGGUGUCAAAUUUUCAGUAAAACAUUGAAGCAAUCUGCUAAUCAUCUUCCAAAGAGGAACAGAAUACUAUUAAUACAGCAUGCUGAACGGAAUACCAUUUAACAAAUGUAAGUCAUUGUGAUUUACAAUUUCACAACAAAUGCAGUCAUCCCAUGAUUGUUAGUGGUAUAACUGCCUGUCUGUGAACAGAUCUAGUUAUUUUCUGAUAGUAGCGUGUGAUCAUUAUUUUUCCUGGUAAAGUACUGGGUAUAACAGUAUCAAUAGGAUUUUUUACUACAUGGGAUAUUAUACAGACAGUGCAAUGAUUUGGUGCCCAUGUACUAAUGUCCUGUAUAAAUUCCAUUUGAUGUAUUUCACUGGCUGUUGAGAUUGACUUUAGUAUGCAUGUGUUGUGGUAUGAAGGAUGUGUUCUUGUUAUAUUUUGAGACGUUAUAUAUUUCUGAUAUUGUAUGAUGAGACAAUGUGGAGACAAUAUUUCCGAUAUUAUAUGUUGAGACAAUGUGGCGACAGUUUGCUGUAAUGUAUUAAGUUUUGUAAGUACAGUUUUGUAAGGAGUCUAAAGCCAAAUACUAAAACUAGAUUUUUUCGACUUUAUUGAAAAGUUAGUUUUUUUUCUUUUAAUUUUGAAUUGAUUUGCUUGUUGAUGAAAUACAACAUGAAAUAUGAAAUCAAAUUAAUUAAAUUAUGUGUUUUAGAGGAUACCAUUUUAUAAUUUAUGUCAAGCAGACAAAGAACUUUUAAUUAUUAGAGUUCAUUUUAUGAUUAGAGGUACAGGUAUAUGAUGAAAGAAAAAAUAACUACAAAUUGUAUAUGAUUUUGUCCAUCACUCAGUAUGUAUCUGGUUGACUUUAGCAACAUCACAUUGGUUUAAACACAAACAACUAAACUUGUUAUUUCGUUGAUAGUGGGAGAUUAACAGGGGUUUGUUUUGGUUGGUGUGGGCCAGCAGAAUGUAUGAUUGUGUAUUUAUAAUGCUAUUGUUUCAAACCAGGUGCUACUGAGGUACACUUCAUUAAUUUAUUAGUUUAUAGGCAAAAUGCAUUGAAGUGAAAAUGCUGUUUGUGAUGAGAAGACAAAUAAUCAUUAUGUUAUGUUCAUAAAUAGUGUUUGGGUAUUUCACAAUAAUGUAUUGACUAUCAAAGUUUUAAUUAAUUGAAGAUAAAGUAAAUUACCUUGAGAUAAUAUAAGUAACUAAAUGCAAAUGAUGUGAGAGACGUUUUAGCGGACAGGUAGUAUUUGAUUUGUAUGGAUCUGGUAAUGUUACCUGGACAUGUUUCUGAGUAUGGUAGUGUGGUAUACACAUGUACAUGUAGUAUGGUAUUGGUGAGCCUGGAUUUAAUUAAAUUUGUCAGAAGGUU